UAGACAGAAAAACUGCCAUUGUAGUUGUGUUCAGAUCGUGUCCUCAUCGAGCAACUCUAUCCAUUUGUGUGUGUUGAAGAUGUUAUCAUACCCACAACACCCUCACUACUCUCACCUCUCCCUCAAUCCCAACCCCCACUUCCAAAAUCCCCGUAACCCCAAUUCAACCACCGUCUUCCUCCAGCUCUCCACCACCCUCCGCCACCGCCCCUUCACCAUCUCUUCCUCCGCCACUUACCACCACAACAACCACCAGACUAUCUCAAACCCAGACACCACCACCACCACCACCACGAACACAAACAACGAACAAGAAAUCAACCGAACCCACAACGCCAAAUCCACAACCCUCCUCCGCCACCUCUCAUACCACCAAGAACAAAACUCAGAACCACAACAGCUUCAUCAACAAGAACAUGCCAUACCAGAAGAGGACAAAGUGAAGCUUAUAAAAAUGUCGCUUGCGAGAAAACGAACCCCUCAAUUUCCAGGUUCUAUCUACGUACAGUCCCCAAGCGACGUCGAUGUGAGCACUUCUUUGCCGCCUCUUCAGCGAGUAAUUGGCGGCAAAGACGACGAUGACGGUGAGAUGCUGAUGAGGGCUCUUGAGAUUAGGCGCAAAGUGACGGUGGAGAUCUUUAAGGAAGCAAUGAGAAAGGGCAAGUUUGGGAUCACGUACUCUACUAAUUUGGUUUCGAAGUUGUCUGAUUUCAUUGAUUAUGUGAUGAUUGAAGCUGCUUCGAUGAAGCGAUUGCCCGAAUUUUCACAAUCGUCAUUCAAUGUUCGUGCUAAGAUCACCAUAGAUAACUCUAAUGUCGUCCCACUAAUCAGGUGGUUGAAACACAAUUCAUUGUCAUAUCCCCAAAUUGGGAAGAUCAUAUGCAUGUCAAGAGGAAAUGUUGAUUCCAUAAGACGUACUGCGGAAUGGUUGAAGUCAAUUCAUGUGAAGGAGAGAUUUAUUGGAGUCGCAUUGAUGAGAGCAGGAGGGAAUAUAUUGGAGCGUAGUACAGAGGAAUUGGAUGAAAUUGUUGUGUAUCUGGAAAGCCAUGGAGUCAGGAGGGAUUGGAUGGGUUGUGUCAUGAGCCGAUGUCCUGAACUGUUGUUUUACAGCAUGGAAGAAGUGAAAUCUCGUGUGCAAUACUACUUGGAUAUGGGUAUGAAUGAUGAGGAUUUUGGCACAAUGGUGUUUGAUUAUCCCAAGGUGCUUGGAUACUUUUCUAUGGAAGAGAUGAACCAAAAGGUUGCUUAUCUGAAAGAGUUUGGCCUCGGUAAUGAAGAUGUUGGGAGAUUACUAGCAUUUAAGCCACAACUGAUGGGCUGUAGCAUUGAAGAAAGAUGGAAACCUCUUGUUAAGUAUUUAUACUACCUUGGGAUUUCCCGAGAUGGUAUGAGGAGAAUUCUUACUAUUAAGCCUAUCGUUUUCUGUGUUGAUUUGGAGAGCAUCAUUGCGCCAAAGGUACAAUUUUUGCUGGACAUAGGUGUUCAAGAAGAUGCCAUUGGCAAUAUGCUUGUCAAGUUUCCUCCAUUACUAACAUACAGCCUCUACAAGAAAAUCCGACCAGUGGUUAUAUUCUUGUUGACAAAAGCUGGUGUCACCCAGAAGGAUAUUGGGAAAGUGAUAGCUUUGGGACCAGAACUCUUGGGAUGCAGCAUAGCAUAUAAACUGGAUGUUAGUGUGAAGUAUUUUCUGUCACUUGGCAUUUCUCUUCGAGUGUUGGGUGAGAUGAUUGCAGAUUUUCCAAUGCUACUCCGGUAUAACAUAGAUGUCCUUCGUCCCAAGUAUCGAUACUUGCGGAGAAUCAUGGUCCGUCCUUUGGAGGAUCUUAUUGAGUUUCCAAGGUUUUUCAGCUAUUCUCUUGAUGGCCGUAUAGUUCCGAGACACAAGGUUCUGAUGGAGAACCGGAUAAAUUUUAAGCUGCGAUAUAUGUUGGCAAGCACAGAUGAAGAGUUUGAUCAGAGGGUUCAGGCUGCAGUUGAAAGGCGCCGACGAUUUGAGUCUGGUAUUGUGGAUGAACACCUGUCAGAUUCUAAAACUGAUGGCUCCGUGGAGAGUACACUAGUUGAUUUUCCUAGAGAUGAAUAUUCUUCCUGUGAUUCUCAAACAACAAAUUGCUCAGUAGAAAGAACACAGCUAAAUUAAUCUGAAAGUGUGGAUUAUCUAACCUUUUUUUUCUCCGCAGUAGAUGAUAAUCUUUACAAUUCCGCUUUGAACAUAUUUCCCAUUUUUCAUAUCUGUACAUAUGACGGUCAAUCAUAUUAAUAUUUUUGUUACAAAGUUAAAUUUCUUGUAUUAAAGUAUAAAAAACAUUUUUUGUCA